UCCUAAUUCCUCGACCAAAAAAAGCUCAAAGAAAGAAAAAUUUACAUCAUAUAAAAAAGCACACACCCACAUAUUCACCAAGACAAUAUGGCUGAUGCGACGGAGAAAGCCGAGCACGACCGUAUAUUCAAGAAAUUUGAUGCUAACGGCGAUGGAAAAAUAUCAGCAGCCGAACUCGAAGAAGCUCUUAAGACACUUGGCUCGGUAACGCCUGAUGACGUCAAGCGUAUGAUGGCUGAAAUUGAUACUGAUGGAGAUGGAAACAUAUCGUAUCAAGAAUUCACUGAUUUUGCAGGUGCCAAUCGUGGACUUAUGAAGGAUGUUGCCAAAAUUUUCUAAAAUGUAUUUGCCAUCCUUUUAUUUUGAAAUGUUUGAAUUUUUUAUAUUGAGAGAUUUGGUUCUAACUUCUAAGCAUCGUCAUUUUUUUCUUUUGUUACUUUUACAUCGGUGAAUUUUAACUUAUAUCCUAAAUUUCAUGUAAUGUGAUGUGAGGUUAUGGAUGUAGGACCUUAAUAUUUCAAUAAGGGCACAAUCUAAUAUUUGUAAAGCAAA